AUGUCUACAGACGCGCAGAGCAAAACCACCAAGCAGUCAGUGGAUGCAAUACCCCCAAACGCGGAGCCCAUUAGCGAGCAGCCAACGGAAGAGGCUGCACCCAAAUACUCGGUGUUUACAACAUGGGAGAAAAGAAGUAUCGUUCUCGGUGCAGCCCUGGCUGCCUUCUUCUCGCCUUUAACAGCCCAGAUAUAUCUCCCGGCACUGAACCUAUUGGCUAUUGACUUCAAUAUCACUGAGGCCCAGGCCAACUUGACGGUGACGACGUACAUGAUAUUUCAAGGAAUUACUCCAAUGUUUAUUGGUUCAUUUGCCGACAGCACAGGUCGUCGCCCAGCUUACUUGAUUUGCUUCGUCAUUUAUAUCGCUGCCAAUAUUGGCUGUGCUUUGGCUCCAAAUUAUGUAGCCCUGCUCAUAUUGCGCAUGCUGCAAUCAGCCGGCUCCAGUACCACAGUGGCACUGUGUCAAGCUGUGGUAGCUGAUAUUGUCACAUCGGCCGAACGUGGCCAAUAUGUCGGCUUCGUGACCGUCCCAAUCAUCCUCGCACCCUCGCUCGGACCGGUUAUCGGUGGAUUACUGGCCGCCUAUCUUGGGUGGCGAUGGAUAUUUUGGUUCCUGGCCAUCUUGGCGGGGGCUGUCUUCUUUCUCUAUGCCCUGUUUAUGCCUGAGACGUGCCGAAAUGUCGUGGGCGAUGGCAGCGAGCGUCCGCAUCCAUUCUUCCGAACAUUUUGGCAGCUCAUAUCAGACGCUCUCACGAAAUGGAAAGCCAAGCGCAGCGGUGAUGAAUUGGCCUUGCAGAAAAUCACCACUCAUACUUCGCAAAGGCGCAAGCUCAAGAUGAACAGACCGAACCCCUUGCGCAGUCUCCAGAUUCUCUUUGAAUUGGAAAUGUUCAUCUUACUCAUGUAUAGCUCCCUUGUUUUCGCUGGGUUCUACGCCAUCGCCACUUCAAUGCCCGCACAAUUCGCCGAUAUAUACGGCUUCGACGAGCUCAAGGUCGGCUUGAUGUAUUUACCCAUGGGAGGGGGUUCAAUCGUGGCCGCCAUCAUCAUGGGCAAGUUUGUCAACUGGAACUACCGACGUCACUGCAAAAAGCUCGGCGUCCCUUUUGAACAAAGUAGACAACAAGAUCUUUCCAACUUUCCUAUCGAAAAGGCCAGGCUUGAAAUUGGCAUACCGCUGCUGCUGCUUUCCUCGGUGGUGCUUUUGGCCUGGGGCUGGGCACUGCAAUACCGAGCGCAUCUCGCAGUGCCCUGCGUUUUGUUGUUUCUCAUAGGCGUAGGCAUGAUAGGCUUCAGCAACACUACCAAUACGCUUAUUGUGGAUGUCAACCCGGGCAACGCCGGCGCGGCAACGGCCAGCAAUAACUUGACGAGAUGUCUUGUAGGCGCUGCUGCUAGUGCCGUCAUUCAACCAAUGAUUAACGGAAUUGGAAGCGGGUGGGCAUUUUUCAUAUUGGGGGCUCUGCAGCUCGGCCUGGCCCCCGUUCUCUUUUUGAUCAUGAAGAAUGGCAUCAAAUGGCGGAAGAGAAAGGAAGAAAAGAAGCGGGUGAGGAAGGAAAGAAAACACGCGCAGGCUCAAUCUGCAACGGGGACAGAUAUCCAUUAA